CGGAUCCACCACUCUUGAAUCGUUUUGAAAAGCAAAAGAUGGCAAUAAAUGACAUUCUUUCAUCCGAAGAACUUUUAUUAGUACAACAAUUAUCAAAUUGGGCACAGCACAUGUCAACCACUAUAGCAUUGAAUGGAAUUGUUCCAACGCACAAAAAAUUUACUCAAAAAGAUUUGUUCAUUGGGUUUGACCAAGACGAAACUUUACAAAGUUUAGUAAUAGAUGUUAGAAAGAAUAAUUCACAACUUCAGUUUGAUGAAACACUCGAAAGGUGCAAGGAAACACUAAUUGCCAUUGCUUCCUCGGAUGGAAUUAUUAGAGCAGAAAAGAGUGCACUGAAUCGUGAUGAAGUUGAUUAUUGGAAGAACGUUUAUUUUAAAUUACACCAUAAUGAUAUCGCAGAUUAUUUUAAACAUCUAUUUGAUCAAAAUUUGGAAGCUGAUGGACAUCAAGUGAUCAUCAACACAUUUUCAAAUAUUAAUGCAGACGUUAAAGAAUGUUUACGAGAUAUCACCACAUGUACUGUGCUAAAGCUUUCAACAUUCAAAACAGAAGCUCAAUUUCAAAAUAGGGUUAAGCAUUUCUGGUUUGAAUCACCAAAUAUUCAGACAUUGAUUCUACAGUGUGACGUCUUAACUGUUAAUUUUGGAUGUAUUAAAUUGGCUAAAUUCAUAAUUGAGCAAUUUAGGGCCGACUACUUGAAUCAGAAGCAACAACAAAACGCAUAUGAUGCAAUUACUAAGCAUGUUUGUAUUAUUCUUCAUAUUCACCGAGAUCACAAAACCUCUUUGGAAUCAUUUAAUUUUACGUGUGGAUGGAAACAAGUUACUAUUGAAUCUUUGAUUCCUCAAGAAAAACCUUUGACUAGUCUUUUGCAAGGAGAUUUAUGUGAUGUUAUCAAUAAUGUGUACUCUUUUGAAGAAAUUUUGCAACAAGAAUUAUUGACGCUUAUUACAGAGAUUCCUAAUCAACCAGACUUGGUAAAUUUACUAAAAACUAGAACAUUUGAAUGGCUUCAAAAUAAUUCACCCAAGAAUUGGCAGUAUCAUGUUGCAUCCGACAAAAAAUUAUUGUAUCCAUAUUCUUCAUUUUCGGCAGCUUUACAAUCUCACAUACGUGCGCUGGUUCGAAUACCGAUUGCUAAGUUUCUUUGUUGUAUUGAGCGAUUAUUUGUAACCAGAACUUUUUUAAACCUAAAACGUUCAACAUCCAAAUGUUCUAAAUUAUUACUUGAGUAUUGGAAACAAAUGACUAAUGACAGAAGUCUUUUAAAUAUUGACGAACCAUCAGAGCCGAAGCCAGAUGGAUACUUAAUGCCAACUCUUUUCUAUGAUCUUCAAUUUCCAUUUUCUUAUCAUUUUAUUAAACAAAUUGAUACUUUCAAAAAACUUUAUAAAGAAGAAAUCCGUUUACUUCAAGAAAACCCUAAUAAUAUUGACCCUGAUACAGGGAAACUUUUUGAUUAUAUUUUUGAAGAUUAUAUAGUUGGAUUGAGAAAUAAUAUUAUGACUUCAAUUCCUAAUUUCAAUACAUUUCCACUUGAACAUGCGCCAGAAUUAUUUUUUGAAGAUUUUAUCGCUGUUAUUUCUGCCGGUAGAUCAAGCAAGAAAGACAUUCCAAUUUUAUUAUUUAUUUUCAAAUACAACCUUGGAUCUGAGAAAAUAUUAGACCCUAUUUUAACUCAUGCUUUCUGGUGGGAACAUUCCGAUCAUAUUAUGGCAGAAUUUCAGUUGGCCAAGUUAUGUCCUUCGAUUAUUAAUGAAACAAUAUUAGAGAAUAGGAAGACAACAAAUGUGCCAUUUGGAUAUUAUCUCAUAGAAGAAAUUACAAAGAUAAUGUUUCGAAAAUUAAAUGACACCAAAUCUGGAACAUCAGCUGUUACUCAACUUCAAUCCUGGCAACGGGAGGUCUCCAAAAUUUUAUCUCUUAGUGAAAAGCUCCCAGAGGCUUCAACAUUUACUUCAUUACAUUUAUUACAAGUAUGUUAUAAUUUUGUAUCAGCGGAUUCGAUCUCAGUAUCUAAUAUGAAAGAAAUAAUGAAAGCUGGAAAAGGAUCAAAGGAAGAUCUAUUUAAUCAAAAAUUCAUUGAAAUCAUUUUUUCGUUGAUGAAAAAGCUUCCAAAUAAUAAUGAGAAUUCUAUUCCAAAGCUAUAUUUUAUUAACAAAUGCCUUGACAUGGUUCCUAAGAAUUCACCUUCUCACAAAGAUCUUUAUCAGAAUUUAUUUUCACAAAAACCUUUUCCUUUUAUGAGCCCAGUCAUAAUUCGUAUAUUUAAAUGUGAAGAAACAAAAGGAGCAUUUAUAACGCUUAUUAAAAAUCCAACUCAAAUUUUCACACUCUCUUCAAGGUUAAACCUUAUUAGUGAAUGUUUAAAAGUACAAGGAAUUGAUUCAGCAAUGUCAACUUUAUGUUGUGAUAUUAUUCAAAAAACAUUCUUUGCGAAAUUAUCUUUCCCAGAAUUAGCAAAAAACUUUAAAUAUGUUGUUGAAGUACUUAGUGAUACUAAAGCCAUAGUCUUACAAACUAUUUGUGCUAUAGCAUUUCUCAAAGAAUUCGCAAAACAGUUCUGGGAUCAUUCAAUUCAGGAAGACAUAAUGCAACCAAUCAAGUUUGAUGCUACAAAAAUUGGUGACCUUGAUACCAAUGCAUUAAUCCAAGAAGUAAACACUUCUAUGGAUUUAACAGAUUCAUUAAUUUAUUCUUUCAAAAUAUAUUUCUUAAGAGAGUUACGUGAUAAGGGUUUGUCUAUGAAUGAAGUUCGAACGUUUUGUGAAGCACAACAACAAAUAUUACCAUGGCUUGGCGACUUACCAUGGGAUUCAAAAAAUGAAUCAAGACUUCCAUUUAAUCCGUAUUGGUGCCUUAAAGAUUACGUUGCCGUUGAAAAAAGCUUUACUACUUUUCAUAAUCUUAACGACAAAGCAUCAUUUAAUUCAUUUUUUGCAUCAUUAAAAAAGAAAGAAUCAACUGAUAAACCCUUAAUAGCUUUGAUGGGUUUUAUUAUUAGCCGACUUCAUGUUAUAAGGGCUACACGUGAUUGGACAGAUGAAGAAGAAAAGGUUGCAGAAUUUUUAAAGGGAAAAGUUGAACAAUCAACUUUUAUUCGUUCAUACUUUUAUGACCAGGAUUUUAACUAUACACAAACUUAUAGAUAUUCCUGUGAAUGUGGAUAUAAAUAUGUUAUAGCAGACUGUGGUCAGGCAUAUAGCAUUGGUACUUGUCCUGAAUGCAAAAAAACAAUUGGAGGGCAUGACCACAGAUCGGCACCAGGGCAAAAAAGAUUGGAUGCAAGUCCAAUUGCCACUAUUAUAGCUGCAAAGGAUAAGCCUGGGUACAUUAUGGAAUCGGAAAGUCCAUCAAUGUUACAUUCUCUUCGUUCUUUGACCCCAGUUUCCUAUAGAAUUUUGCAUUUGUUUAUUCAUGCAAUAAUUGGAGCCUGGGCACAUACACAAACUGGAAAGUCUUUCUUAGGCAAUAAUAAUCGGGAGAAUACUGAUGCUUCAGCUUAUUGUAUGGGUCACAUUACAAACGACUGGAAUACACUUCUAAGAAUUUUGAAUACAUCACAUGAAAGUUUAGCAUUAUUAUUGCAUUCGAUUCUCGAUUUAAUGACAAAUUCACCUCCCAAAAAUUCAUCGUUAAAGAAAGCAGCAGAUCGCGACAUUAAUCAGACCUUAACAAUGGAUAAACAGCAUAACCUGGAAUACCUCCCAAAAUUGUGGCGUAUAAUUUGUGAUAUUAACUUUGAAAGCUUCCGUGCAUUCUAUUUUGCAGACCUAGCUAAAUAUUCAAAAAGAUUUCCGUUACUCUCUAUAUUCUAUAAGCAUAAGCAAAAUUUAGAGCUUAUUAAAUACCUUUUACCAAUUGUAAAAUUUGUACGAAUUUUAUCGACAACACUCGAAUAUCGAUUAAGCAGAGAGCAAGCACAACAACAGACAUUCCAAGAAUUUAUUGAUAACGAAUCAUCUGAUGAUGAAAAAGGCGAAGUACAUGAUUAUUUGAGUUCAAUAUUCGAAGAUUUUGCGAAAGCUUGGAACACAGUUAUUGACAAAGUUAAAAAUUAUCAAUGUCACGAACUUCCAGCAACGAAACCUCAAAUAAACCUUAGUUCACCCAUUGUAUUUGGUUUAGUAGAACCAAAAGACACUGGAGUCUAUCUUUGCGCGAUUUUAGAGUAUUUGGUUGGAUUACAAAAUAAUUUCUUGCAAGAGGUUGCAGAGAUUAGUCCUGGAACUUGUAAUUCUCUUAAAUUUUUAGAAGAUAGUUCAUUUAGUAAUGAAAACAAAGCGGCAUCAUCUUCAACAAGCACAAACAGAAAUUCUAUCACCAGAUAUUACUUUCAAUCUAUGCGGAUUGAUCAAAUGCAAACAACUAAUUUUAUUGAUUUCCAAUGGAGCGACGAAUUCCUUCAACAUAGUCAAAGAAAUCUUGAGAUUGGGUAUGGGCUCGAUAUUAUGUAUAAUUUACAAAAGAUUGAAAAAGAACUUGCACAAUUAUUGGUCUUCGAUAAAGUUUACAUUAGCACAGCUGAUUCACAAUUGUACAUGGAACCUUUUCCUUACCACAUGGAAUUAUUCCAAGGACAUAUGAGAAUUAUUAGUGAUAUCAAAGACCUAAUUCCACAGCGGCCAAUUUCUACGGAGAAAAUUGGACUUAUUCUUGGAUCAGCAUUUUCAUCAAUGUCUUCUUUUGGAUAUCAAGAAUCUUUAUCAUAUGACAAUGCAUCAGAACUUCUUUCGCAUUUAGAAAUUUUACUUUGUUUUGUUAAAAAAACAUCGGUUGGUGAUGGGGAAAUUUUGAUAGAGGAAUAUGUUAAUCAAUGGAUAAAACUUUCCAACUUAUUUACUAAUGAAUCGUUUAACAAUUUAUUGAAAAUUGGACUGAAAUUAUGUCAUUUAGUAUCAUUAUAUGAAGUAGUCGAAGAGCAAGUAGCGAAUGGAGUGAUCAAAUAUAUAGAUGAUAAAUACAGAUCACCAUUAACAUCAGAAUUAGAACAAGAGAUUAUUUCAUCAUUAGAUUUUGAAUUUCGUCAACGACAAUUUUUUGAAUUUGAAUCUGAAAUGACGAAAAUUCCUGCUGAAGAUUUUGUGUCGGCAUUAAAAAGAUUUAUGUUAAGAUUUUUAUCAGUGGAUUCGAAUAAAGAAAAUGAACCAUUAUCAUUAUAUUUUGGAGAUCCAACCUUGAAUUUGUGGGCCUCUUGGAUAAGUGAAGACGUGGUUGACAAUUGUUUUCCGGAAAAUUUAUUGGUUAAACAUAUCUUUGAAGCUUUUAUGCUUGUUUCUGGUAGAAUUGAG